UCUUAGAAGGUCGUUUGUUUGUGUGAAGAUUUUCUUAUCUGGGAUCUCUCUAGAGAAAAUAAAAAUUACUAUGAUCUCUCUCUUCCUCUCUCUAGAAACUCAAUAUUCGUUCCCUUUCUGUUGUGAGAGAGAGAGAGACUGGCUCAGCAGAUCGAAAAUUAUUUUGUAUUCCUUCACCUGAUAACGCUCUAAGCUCUUUCAAUGGUGUUGCAAUAACACCCACUUUCUUUUCCUCUCCUCUCUUUUGAUUAUUGGGAUUUAUUAUAGUUAUUAUUAGUGGCUUCGACAGAGUGAGCCGUGGACUCCUGAAUCGUUCGAGAUAUGUAGUCACUGUCGAUUGAUUAAAUCUAUUGGGGGAUACUUUGAGGACUGCGAUUUCAGGAUGUGGGUCUGAGGAAUGGGAACAAAGGUGAACUGUAAGAGCUCACUUGCAGGAUAUCACUCAAUGAGGGAUCUUAAUGAGGAUUCUGAUGGUUGUAGCCGGCCCAUGUAUUAUGGAGAUAAAACCUUCACAAAUACAAAUGGGCACUACUACAAUGGUUUCUUGCCGAGGGCCAUUCCGAAUGGUUAUGCAGGGUAUGAUAAAGACACGGUGAAACGGACAAUGCUUGAGCAUGAAGCCAUAUUUAAGAAUCAGGUGUUUGAACUUCACCGUCUAUACAGAAUUCAAAGGGACAUGAUGGAUGAAAUUAGAAGGACAGAACUGCAUAGCAAUGGGAUACAUGUUGAGACUUCAUUGUCAUCAAGCCCCUUAGCAUCUCGAAUGGCUUCUGAAGAUGCUCGGAAAUGGCAUAUUCUUAACUUCCCCAUGGCAAACUCUGCUUGUGCUAGAACUUCUACAUCAGGUGCUGAAGAUAUUCAUUCUCCUUUCAGUUCUUUGAAAGGGAACAGUGCACAAGCCUGUCAAUUUUCAUCUCCAAAUGGAUGUGGUUCGAAGGAAGCUGAUGUGCUAUAUUCCAGGCCCUCAAAGGUGAGAAGAAAAGCGUUUGACCUCCAACUUCCAGCUGAUGAAUACAUCGAUACUGAUGAUGGGGAUCUGUCAAGGGAGGACAAAAAAUCUGGUAUCUCGAUUCCUAAUGGGAUUCAUAAAUUUUCUUUCGAGAGGAGGGUAGAAGAUUUUUGUGGAGAUGAUAGGAAGAGUAGCUUCCAAGGAAAUGCAGUGAGACUUGAUUCGCGUUUAAGGAACGCAAAGGGUUUGGCUGACUUGAAUGAGCCUUUUCGGCAUGAAGAGCUGCAUACUUCUACAUAUGUUGACCAUUUGGGCCAUACCUCCAAUCAUGUGGAUAUGAAACACCCUGAAUUGCCUGCUAAGCCAAUGUCACAGCUUUUAGGUUUGCCAAAGGAGAUUUCACUUAAGUCCCUUCAAGGAAAGAAUAAUGGUAUUCUGAGCGAUUUGAGCUUGGAAAAUCAUGGAAAGAGUUGGUCUCGCCACUUCCUUACAGCAGGUAAUUGUAAUGGUUACCUAAAGCCUGAUUCUCAAGGCUAUCAACCAGAGAAAUUGCCGGUAUAUUCCCAGCCACUACAAGCUAUUCUUACUAGAACUCCUGAGACUCCUGCCUUUUUUCUAACUAAACAAAGCAAGGCAGAUCAAUGGAAAGAGGGAAGUGUUUGUGGUUUAGAAAUCCUGGAAAGAAGUCAUGAACUCUCGCAAGAUAAAUGCCCAGAAUCAGCAACAGCUUCCCCCAUUCCUAGUUUGUAUCCUGCUGCUGCUUCUGAAGAUUUGGCCAAGGUCUGGAGCACCUCUGCUUCAUCCUGGCAGAAUCCUGGUAUUAGCUUGAGCCAGAAGUCAAUAUCAGUUCAAACUCGCCCAUAUUUGAACUCAUCUGCUUCCUUGAAUAAGAAUCCAGGGUCAUCAACUCAGAGCCAUGCAAAUUUUGGGGACAGGUGGCAUCAUAAUAGCAAUAACAGCAACCCUCAAUCCAACACGAGUUUUGUAAGCGAAUUAUCUAACCAAAAUGGGUUUUACCACGGAUCCUCAUCACAGUCCAAGGAACUACCAGUUCGCCACCCAUCAAUAGUCUAUGACAAUCAGAACUGCGGUACUGAUAAUAGCGUAGCCUCUGAGCAGUUGAUCAAUCAUGGUUCAGCAAAUUUCAACGGAAGCCCAAAUUAUGUGGACAUAAGGUCUUCUAAGGAAGUUGAUUUGAAUGUGGCACUUUCAAACAACUCAGCCUAUGAGCCAGUUCACCAGCAAGGCCUUGAGCCUUCUGAUGGAGAAAGAAAGCAUGAGGAACAUCUUGCAUUGUUGCCUUGGCUAAAAGCUAAUUCAGGUUGUAAGAAUGAGUCCACGAUUUCGGUCGGGGACUUGAACACAGGGAAUUCGAGUUUUUUGCAAUCUUCUCUCAGUCAGUUGUCUGCAAAAGAUACAACGGGAAAGUGUCCUAAUGGACUGUCUCCUCAAACAAUGAAGCCACUCUCACCUUCCAAUGUAGUUGAGGCUGGUAGGAUUGGAACAGUUGAAUGCCAACAUUAUAGAAAACUUCUUCCGUUUCCUAUAUCUGAAACACCUCAAAUUUCUAAAACAGAGUCUUCUUCGCUUACUUCCCCUUUUGUACCCCAUCCUCAGCAAUCUGAGAGAGGAGUGAGAGAUUGCAGCUCAGUUUGCAGGAAGAACAUAACUUUUGAUAUCAACUUGCCUUGUGAUUACACUUUUCCUGAAUUGAGCCAACAGAUGGUAGAAGAUAUUACCAUCAAUGAUAAGGGAGCAGAAAACAAAGUUGCCAAUUUAAGACAACACAUUGAUUUGAAUUCUUGUAUUAGUGAGGAUGAUGAUUCUUUGAUGCCUUCUGUUCUCAGCGGCGAUGUGAAGGUUACUGUGGGGUUAGAUUUGGAAUCCCCUGUGAUUCCUGAGACCGAAGAGGAUGUCAUUCCUGGAAUUGAAUCACCAGAAAAGGUGAACGGGGCGCCUUUAGGAUUUCCACAAGAAAAGGCUGAAAGCCCACGGGUUGAGCUGAUAAAGACAGCAGCCGAGGCAAUAGUUGCCAUCUCUUCACUUGCUCACCAGAAUUAUAUAUGUAAUGUCACUUGUGAUCCAUCAGAAUCUUCUAUGGUGGACCCCCUUCAGUGGUUUGUGGAGAUUGUUUCUUCUUGUGGAGAUGAUCCUGAGGGCAAGUUUGAUGCUGUGUUGAGAGGCAACAAUUUUAAAAAGAUUGCAGACUCUUCCUCCGAAGAAAUUGAUUACUUCGAGUCCAUGACAUUGAAAUUGACAGAGACCAAAGAAGAAGACUACAUGCCCAAGCCUUUGGUUCCGGAGAACUUAAAACUUGAAGAAACGGGAGCUACUUCAUUGGCUAAUCGACAACGAAAGGGCCAGGGAAGGAGAGGUCGGCAGCGUAGGGACUUCCAAAGAGACAUUCUUCUAGGUAUUGCUUCCCUAUCAAGGCACGAGGUUACAGAAGAUCUUCAGACAUUUGGAGGACUAAUGAGAGCAACUGGCCAUUCAUGGCAAUCAGGAUCGACAAGGAGGAUCUCCACUAGAAAUGGUUGUGCAAGGGGGAGGAGGCGAUCAGCGGUCAGCCCCUCCCCUGGUCUGACAACCCCUGCUUGUACCCAACUAAUUCAGCAGCUUAAUAAUUCUGAUGUGGGACUGGAGGAUAGAAGCCUAACAGGGUGGGGAAAGACAACUAGAAGGCCCCGCCGGCAAAGAUGCCCUACAGGUAAUCCGCAGACACUCCCUGUAACCUAGUAACUUAAAAAGAGAAUGUUAUAGAGGGCAGUAGGGGGUUGUUUCUAUGGCUUUGGGGAUUCAGGAUGUAGUAAGAGCCAUGGUACAUCCUUGUACAUUUGUUAGCCCUAAUUUGGCAAGCUUCGAUCAUCUUGAUGUGGGUGGUUUGCCUACUUUGUAUUAUUCAUGAACAAUGUUGAAUGAUUUUCUACAGAGGAUUAUAUAUCAAGUAUUUCUUCAAUUUCGUCCUAAA